ACUGUGCUCCAGAAGGUGGCAGUACUGCCACAUUAAGAAUGCCAGCUACCGCAAAACCUGGUAGAAGAAGAAGGGUGGGCGGAAGAAGGAAUCAAGAAUCAGCUGUCAAAAAAGUAGCUAAGGUGUAAGCAGCCGAUCAGAAACAGAGAUGUUCAGAGCUGGUGUACAGCACUGACCGGUUGUCUGCCUGUGAGCUCUGACUGAACACACCUGCAAAGAUGCCAGCAGUAUCCACUGGGGUCAAGGAGCUUUAUCUGUCCACAUCUCUGGGUGACCUCAAUAAAAAGGCUGAAAUUAAACCAGACAAGACAAGCACCAGGAGCUAUGUUCAGAGUGCCUGCAAAAUCUUCAAGGCGGCAGAGGAGUGUCGCCUGGACAGAGAUGAGGAGAAAUCUUACGUGCUGUACAUGAAGUAUUUAACAGUAUAUGACAUCAUCAAGAAAAGACCAGACUUCAAGCAGCAACCGGAGUAUUACAUGACCAUGCUUGGGCCAAACAGCUUUAAGAAAGCCAUUGAAGAAGCCGAGAAGCUUUCUGAAAGCCUUAAACUCAGGUAUGAGGAAGUUGAGGUUCGAAAAAAACUUGAGGAGAAGGAGAGACAAGAGGAGAAGAAAAGGAGGGAGGAAAUAACAGAGAAAGGUAGUGGUCAAGGCUCUCCAAAAGCAUCAUCAGCAAACAAGAAGGACAGCAAAAAGGUAAAAGGAGAACAGAAUGAACUGAAAAAUACCACCUCAAAAGCUUCUGUGCCAGCUGGUGGGAUCACAGCUGAGAAACUUUUCCACAUGAUGAAGGACCAGACAAUUUCAAUAAUUGUCAUGGACGCCCGCAGCCACAGGGACUUUGAGGAGUCUCACAUUCAGGUCCCAGCCCAGACCUGCGUCUGUGUGCCUGAGGAGGCUAUUAGCCCAGGAAUCACUGUGAAUCAGAUUGAGGCAAAGCUGCCUGACGCAUCCAAAGACCAUUGGAGGCGGCGGGGAUUUGUGGAUUAUAUAGUCCUGCUGGACUGGUUUAGUUCUGUCACUGACCUAACACUGGGCACCACUUUGCAGAGCCUCAAAGAUGCCCUCUUUAAGUGGGACAGCAUCACCAUCCUGCGUAGUGAGCCGCUGGUGCUGGAGGGAGGCUAUGAAAACUGGCUGUUGUUUUACCCCAUGUACACAACCAACGCUAAAGUUCGGCCCCCUAGACAGACUAUCAUCAACAGCCUUCCUCAGUUGAACUUCAGCUACCCAUCUCUAGAAGAACCAAAGCCUCCGACCCCACCUCAACCAGAGCCUGAGAUCGUACCUGAGCCUCCUGAGCCCUCUACUCCUGUGCUGGUGAACGGGGUUGCACCAGCAGAACCCCCCGCAUCUAAAACUUCCAUGGUUGCGUACAGGUUGCCAGAUAUUGUAGAUUCCACCGUCACAAGCUCCACAAAUUCUGUGCUAGACGUUGGGAAGAAGGGCCCUGUGACAUCCAACCAGUCACCUACACCAGCCAAGGCAUGCCCACAGUUUGACCGUGCCAAGAAACCCUCUGUGCGGGUGACAGACGAGCCUAAGCCCAGCCAGAACGGGUCUGCAAAUGACUCCACCCAGAACGGCCCAGUUGUACCUGACCGCUCGGUCAAACCAUCCUUCACCCCCAACGCUUCUCUGUCUAAAGAAGAACAAAGUCAGAUACACUCUGAGGCUGCAGCAGUGAUGGAGAAGGCGAGGCAAGAGCAGGAGAAGCGCAACCAGUUGCGUCGCUUGGAGGAGGAGAGACAGGAGAAGGAGCUGAAAGAAAGACUAGAAAGGGAGGAAUGCGAUAAGAGGAGGAAGAAGGAGGAGGAGGAGAAAGGACAUCAGGAGAAAAAGAAACUCGAAAGGCAGAAGGCAGAAGAGGAGGAAGACAAAGAGAACAAGGCAUGGGAGGAGAAAGACAGGAAGGGAAAGGAGCAGAGCUCUGACACACCCUCUAAGAGCAUGUCUCUGGACUCGCCUGCUCCCAACCAUAUUGUUAGUGAAAUUAAGAGGGAGCCCCUGACCAGAGCAAGGAGUGAGGAAAUGGGUCGGAGUGUACCAGGCCUCCCAGACGGUUGGAUGAAGUUCCUUGACACAGUGACGGGGACCUACCGAUACUACCAUUCCCCAACCAACCGUGUCCACCUGUACCCUCCUGAGGUCACGGUUCCUCAGACCCCACCCUCCACACCACCAACAGUCAAGCAGCAGAAGCCACCUCAACCAGCUGAGCCGGAUGCUAACCGCGAACGAGAGCGAGAGCAGUCUAAACUGAAACGCUCCUACUCCUCCCCCGAUAUCAGCCAGGACCUGAGAGAGGAGGCCCAGAAGAAGAUCAUCGCCCCAACCGCUGCUGCCGUCAUACCCACCAUCAACAGGGACACCAAACCUGCUCCUGCUAAAGCCUAUUCUAAAGUGGAAAUAUCGAGGCCUUCAGCUGCCAAAAUUCGGAAUCUGAAUCCUGCAUUUGGAGGUCUGGGUGCAUCACUGACUGGCCUUCGUAACAUGGGCAACACAUGCUACAUGAACUCCAUCUUGCAGUGUCUGUGUAACACCCCUGCCAUGGCCGAGUACUUCAACAACAAUUUCUACCUGGAGGACAUCAACAGAUACAACAUCCUUGGCCAUAAAGGGGAAGUGGCAGAGGAGUUUGGUGUGAUCAUGAAAGCCCUGUGGGCUGGUUUAUACAAGUGCAUCAGCCCACGGGACUUCAAGAUCACCAUUGGCAAGAUCAAUGAUCAGUUUGCGGGUUAUGACCAGCAAGACUCCCAGGAGCUGCUGCUGUUCCUCAUGGAUGGGCUCCAUGAGGACCUCAACAAGGCGGACAACAGGAAGCGGUACAAGGAAGAAGAAAACGACCAUUUGGAUGAUCAGACGGCAGCCGACCUGGCCUGGAGCAAACACAAGCUGCUGAACGAGUCCAUCAUUGUAGCACUGUUCCAGGGGCAGUUCAAGUCCACUGUGCAGUGUCUGACCUGCCAUCGCAAGUCCCGGACCUUUGAGACCUUUAUGUACCUGUCGCUGCCUCUGGCCUCAACCAGCAAGUGUUCCCUGCAGGAUUGUCUGAGGCUGUUCUCUAAGGAAGAGAAGCUGACUGACAACAACAAGGUUUUCUGCAGACACUGCAAGGCCCACAGAGAUUCCACCAAGAAACUGGAGAUCUGGAAGGUCCCACCCAUUGUCCUGGUGCACUUAAAACGGUUCUCCUACGAAGGUAGAUGGAAGCAGAAGCUGCAGACGUCUGUGGACUUCCCUUUAGAUAACCUGGACCUGACACAGUACGUUAUUGGACCCAAACAGAGCCUGAAGAGAUACAGCCUUUAUGGAGUUUCUAACCACUACGGGGGUUUGGAUGGCGGCCAUUACACGGCCUACUGUAAGAAUGCCCACAAACAGCGCUGGUACAAGUUUGAUGACCAUGAGGUGACCGAAAUCUCCACCUCUUCGGUCAAGUCUUCUGCGGCAUACAUCCUGUUUUACUCCACCUUGUGAUGGUGCUGUAGGACAUGAAGAGACAACACUCCACCAACUGGCCAGCAACUUUCAAGCCUAGAGGUUGUUUGGUUUUGUUGUUGUUGGUAUUUUUUUUUUUUCCUUUUCAAAAUCACAGCUCUGAGGACCAGGCGCACGUAGUUGCGGGUUAACGAGUCGUGUAUGUGCAGGCGAGGACGUUCUCGAGCUGGUGGCGACGAGAUUCCGCCUCUCGCAGAGUGGAGAAAGGUGCAGGCACACUAUGCGAUGCUUCAGCUACUAGAGGACCCCAUACCUUACAUUAAAACAUGCCAACUGCUGAUAUUACUGAUAAUCUAGAGACUAAACAUAUACUCCUUUUAUUCUGACUUCUGUACCUUGAUGGUCGUGCCGGAGGGCUGACAGCUGGUUCAGAGGCUCCUCGCUGUCGUUUCUGUUGCACGCAGUGUGGACGGCCGUAUCGCAAAACUGAUCUGUAAAUAAUUAAAAAUGCUAAUGUUGCACAUUGAAAAAUGUAAAUACUCGAGGGCAAGGUGUUUCUCUGUUAAGUGACCAAAUUCAAUAUUUUUUUUUUUCCUUCAAAGUAGCAGCCAUCAUAGUGUCUCCACGUUCGUGAGCGUGUUUUAGGGGUUUAACGCUAAAGCCUUCUGAUGUUGUUGAUGGAAGAGGCUACCAGUGUUGGAUUUUGCUUUCUACCUAAAGAGAGAAUAGGGAAUGGAGAUUGUUGCUUGUUCAUAUUAGCCACAUUCUUGCACUUACACAAUAUGCAAUCAGUUUAAGUUGUUUAUGUAGAUCACAUUGUUUAACCGCAGACAUUAAUACUCGACUGAGAAUGCUUUAAAAUGAUGCUGAUGCUGAGACUGAGCUCAGAUCGGCCAGUGACAGAAAAACCUUCCUGCUUCUGUAAAGUUUGUCGUAGAUUUUAUUCUCUCUUAAGCAUACUUAACUAGCUGCAUUGUUAUAUUCAAACACAAAACUAUUUAGAGGAAAAAUCACUGGGAUAACUUGGCAUUCUUAUUGGCUCGUUUCUAAGAGGCUGGAAAUUCGAUUUAUCUGAUUAAUUUUGUUUCUGUGUUCAGUACUGACCCAUGAGAAUAUGAAGAGUUGAAGACCUGACUGUGUUCACUUACAAGAGUGCGUUAGCAUCAACGUUUGCUGCCUGACUUGCUGACUGACGGGACUGACAAGAGCAAGCACAAAGUAUAUUACUGAUAUAUUUUUUCUGAAUGGACCAGAGAUCUGAGGUGGCUGGACGCUCUACUUCCUUAGUGCAGUUUUAUUGCCUAGCAUGAGAUCAUAAUCUGUUUUCUUUUUACUUGUACAUGUUGAUUUUAUUUCUUAAUGCUCUAAAAACAAUUUGUUUCAGAUAUAACGAUUAUACUAACCUCAAACAACUCAUAUGACUAUUUAUUAAAACUGCUUCAAAUUAGA